UCAACAUCUCUCUCCGUCAUUCGUUAUCCAUCUUCAGCUUCUUACUUGCCUCGUCCUUCUCUUUUCUUCCAGCGUUAUAUAUAUAUCAUUGCGCUAUAUCCCAUCGCAUUGUAUCACGAACAGUAUAUCUAUUCUUACAUUUCGACCCAAGUGCAUUCGCCCAAAUGUCCCUGCAUCUCCGCUAUUUACAAUAAUCGCCAUUCUGUACCACGAUGUUUUAAGCGCCUCUCGCCUGCUUACCUGCUUACCUACUAAAUAUCGCGUACUACCAAUCCUACACAUAGCCCAAUCACCAGCUGUGGCAUGUAACAAACAAUGGUACCAAGACACGAAUCCCAAGCUCAACCGCGACCAGAUCAUCCGCAACGCGAGUUGUCCUCGAACAGCACAAAGAGAUCAUUCCAUUCAUAUACUUCGUCUUUCGAAGCAGAUGACGAGCACUCGAGCUCUAACAACGAAAGCAUGGGACCAGAUCAUGGCGUCAGAGAGGGACCGUCUCAAUACGAUGGAGAAGAUACACGCUUGACAAGCCAUAAGGAGCUGUCGGGAUGGUACGCAUAUGGCUUUGCGGCAGAGGUCUUCGUUAUCUGCGGAAUGGGUGAGUAAUGGUUGGGCAAGAGAAGCUCAGUCCGGGCUUCCAAUUACAAGACUUCCUAGACCAUGCACGAACCAUGGUUACAGAGAUACACUGCAAUAAAGGUGUCGCGAGCGGCUCGACGAUUGGGAUAUCAAAGCCGCACGCAAUGGUUACGAUCAGGGUGCUGUACUAUGCUAACAUGUAUUCAAGGAUCAUUUAUCCCUAUUACCCUCGAACAACUGGCCCGUGAGAAUGGAGUUCUACUUUCUGAUCUCUCUAUACCUUGUCCAGCGAGUUCCUCGCACCCACCGCCUAAUUUUCCGGGGCCGACCGCCGUCAAGGACCUUGGACAAUGCGUGGUCCAUGUACUGGGUCUGCAAAUAAAUACCGCAAGCUUUGCCAUGUACACGUUCUCUUUGAGCGUUUUGUUUCAAGCGCUCCUUGUGGUAUCAAUAAGCUGUGCUGCAGACCAUGGCAACUAUCGAAAACGGCUGUUACUACUUUUCGCCUUCACCGGCUCAGUAGCGACUAUGCUCUUCCUGCCAAUCAUUCCCAAGUUAUAUCUUCUGGCGGCCCUCCUUGCCAUGAUAUCAAAUACUUGCUUCGGUGCAAGUUUUGUGCUCCUGAACUCAUUCCUACCACUGAUGGUUCGCCAUCAUCCAAGGACGCAAUAUCAGAGCCCGGACUUCACGCCUGACUUACAAUCAACAAUUUUGGGAAAUCAGCCGUCAGAUGUUUCACUACAUGCCCCAGAAGGCUCUCAGGAUCUGACAUCUCCUCUACUAUCCCCAGCACCGGACCCGACCCGGCCUUUGCCAGCGGCUAAAAAUCUCACAUCUAUCGAGUUACAGCUCUCUACACGGAUAUCAUCCACCGGUAUUGGUGUUGGGUAUAGCGCAGGAUUACUUUUACAAUGUGUCUGUAUUGUUAUCGUCUACGCUCUACAUAGUACAACUUUCUCACUGCGCCUUGCCUUGUUCGUGGUUGGUGCAUGGUGGUGCAUUUUCACAAUUCCUGCGGCGCUGUGGCUGAGACCCCGACCUGGCCCUCCCUUACUAGCGAAAGCUAAUGGGGAGAAGAGAUCUUGGAUUGCAUAUAUUGCCUACGCGUGGAUGUCCCUUUGGAGGACUGUCAAGCUUGCUCGCCGCUUGAAGGAUAUCACACUGUUCUUGGGGGCUUGGUUCCUCCUUUCAGACGCCAUUGCGACAGUCUCUGGCACGGCAGUCCUGUAUGCCAAAACUCAACUCCGCAUGGAAGCAGCAUCCUUAGGAUUCAUAAAUGUCAUAGCAACGACAGCAGGCGUUCUUGGUGCCUUUUCAUGGGCCUACAUAUCUCGUAAAGUUGGCUUACGACCCCACCAGACGAUACUUGCUUGCAUCUGCAUCUUCGAAGUCAUCCCGCUGUAUGGCCUUUUGGGCUACCUUCCAUUUGUAAAAAAUUGGGGCGUGAUCGGCCUUCAACAACCGUGGGAGAUGUAUCCUCUUGGAUUCGUGUAUGGUUUUGUGCUCGGAGGUCUGAGCAGCUAUUGUCGCUCGCUAUUCGGGGAGCUUAUUCCACCAGGAUCAGAAGCUGCUUUCUAUGCACUCUACGCCAUAACGGACAAAGGCUCGAGUAUCUUUGGCCCAGCAAUCGUUGGCGCUAUAGUUGAUCGAACUGGUGAGAUUCGACCCGCAUUCUGGUUUCUGGCUGCUCUUGUCGGUCUACCUGCGCCGUUGAUUUACUUUGUGGAUGUGGAUAGAGGCAAGGCAGAGGGUGUCAAGUUAGCGGAGAUUAUUGAGGGGUUCAAGAGUGCCGAGGCAAGCGAAUCACAAAGCUUGCAUGAAGAGCAAAGGCUCUUAAGCCAUGAGCACGAGGAAGAUGAUUCAAGGGGUUAGACUGGUCGUUUUUUGGCCAUUUAAUUAAGGCGUUAGGCAUCGGUGCACAGCGAUGGAGUCAUGGCCUAGGUCUUUGGAGAAUCAUGGUAUAUCUUGUCAUGGUCUUUCACUGAUUUUUUUUCCGUCUUGUUAACUCGGGAAUUACAGGUUCGCUCUUCUAAAAACACCCCUACAGAGCGAGUCUCAAUAUCCAACGACGGAAAAGUCUCGUCAGGGUAAGCCGCCACACGCAAUGGCCACGGUAUCACAAGUGUUCACCUUGGCAAUCUAUGUCGACCGACCCCAUACGAGCCUACCACGCCGGCAUAUCUCUCUCAUGCUACAUGACCCUUCUCGGCAGCCUGCAAGUGAUCUCUGCAUUCCGUAACACGGAAUUCUUGGCAGAGACCGAAUUUGUCAACAGGCUCGAACCCGAACUCGAGAAUGGUUGCGCGAGCACAGGCAAUGUCUUGAGUAAUGUCGUGAAUACCUGUCAUCACUUGGCGAUCAUAAGAUAUUGACAUUGGUACUUCUUGGAGGUCUAGUGGGUCUAUAACAACCCCAUGCCGGCUGUCGAGUAGCCUGUCACUUUGACAUCCAUCUCAAAGCUCUACAAGCCAAUCCCCCCAGCGCGCGAGUCAAGUCAACAACAUUUUUAGCAAUCAUAUUCCAAUAGUCUAUCAUGACGUGCGAAGCGUCCAGGUUCCUCCCUCUCUUGCCUGUUAGCACUACUUCCUGCGCAUCAGUUAGUUGCCUACCUUUCAAGGUCCACAUCAUCACGUCAAAUGCUUUUCAACGACUAAGAUUCUCCACUUCACAGGUCGCAACAUCCAACUUUCCAUUGAGCGCCGAACCCUCCAUUUCUGCUGAAUUGAAAGAUGCCGACGGUAGGCUACAGCAGCAUCGCUGACGCUGAAGGAUUAUCUAAUUAACAUGGAGCAGAGAACAGGAAGUUAGAAAUCGAGAUUAAGCGACUCGAGGAGGAAAUAAAGCGGCUGCAGGAGAAUAUAUCGGGUUUGAAAAGCAUGUCUUGAGAGUCUUGGACACCACUUAGCCGGUCUCCAUUGCCUGUGUCCUUGCCUGAGUAAGGGGAUCAGGAUAGGUGGACUUCUGUAUAUUGUCUUUCGUAGUACGUCUCACAAGCACUGUGCUUGCAAUGUGCCUCCGAGCCAAAUUUAUCAAGCCACCGGUCUCUAAGUACUGGAAAACAC